GUUCAUCCGUUUGUGUACGCAUGCGCAAAAGUUCACGUGCGGAAACGACUUACUCUGACGACAACAAAUCUAGGAUUAUUGCAAAGUAUCAAAUAAUGUAGUUUAUUUUCAGUGAAGUCGAAGUGGGUUGGUGCUGGAGCCAUGAGGAGUCCGGCUGUGCGCAUGUUCCGCAGCUUAGAGGGGCUGUUCUGUGUCUACAAACCCGCAGGAGUGCACUGGAAGCUGGUGAGGGACACCAUCGAGACUAAUCUUCUGAAAGGUGUGAACGCCACAUCUGCUCAGCCUCUUCCUCAUGAAGUUCGCUUCUUAUCAAACCCCAACAAUAAGCCUGAAGCAGCCGGAGGACUCGCACUGCGUGCUGCCGCUGUCCCGGUCCUGUCCAAGCACCCUCUGGUGACUGGACCUGAAUUUCAGCAUAUUAAGGUCGGAGUGGGUCACCUCCUGGAUGCUUCAUCUUCUGGUGUUCUCGUGCUUGCAGUGGGGAAUGGGAACAGGACCCUGAAUGAUCUCUACAGGACACGGACCACAAGGGAGUACACGCUUGAAUGUGAAUUUGGGACGGCAACACAUGAUUUUUCUCAGAUGGGUCGAGUUGUGGAAAGGUCCACUUAUGAUCACAUUACACUGGACAAGAUGGAGAGAGUGAUAUCCAUGCUGGAGGGAGCCAAUCAGAAAGCCCUGAGAAUGUCUUCCAGUGUAGACAUGAGCUCACAGGAAGCGUAUGAGUUGGCGGUUAAAGGUUUACUGGGUCCAGACGGGAAAUCGGUUCCUAUUUUGACAGGCUUACGAUGCAUUCACUUCCAGCCACCAAACUUCACCUUGGAGGUGCGGUGCCUAAAUGAAACUCAAAAAUAUUUGCGCAAAGUCGUGCACGAGAUGGGACUUGAGCUGCGCAGCACGGCGGUGUGUAAGGGAGUGAGGCGAACCAGAGACGGGCCCUUCACCCUGCAGGAUGCUCUGACCCGCCACCACUGGACCGCCGCUGAUGUUAUGCAGGCUAUUCAGCAAUACCGCUCAAAAAAGAGAAGCAAGAAAGGCUCAAGGACACUAGCUGAUAAAGCAGUGUUACAGACAUCUGAGGAAACACUCACAGUCUCUCAGGAAAACGAAGCUGAUAAGGAAACAGCGAUAGCUGAAGUGCAAUGCAGCUAAUGUAGGUGAACUGCUGAGGGGUUAAAGAAAGAAAACAAAUACUGACAUUUCACAGCUCAGCUAAGUUGAUAAAUAAUUUUUAUUACCAGAGGUGCUGGUAACAAUGUCAAACAAGUGUUAAAAAGGCAAAUGCUUCUCAAAUAUAUCGGGUUAUAUCCAGUUGUGACUCUACAGUUGCAGUCUGAAGUUUACUCCUCACGAGCAUAAAUGUUAUUAGCGCUUUGGUUUAAUUUAAUCAUCAGCAAGUCUCUUCCCUUCUGUUAGGAUGAUCAGGAAAACCAGGAUCGCAGCUUAAAUACUAAUCAGAAUAAUUUAUGCUUUCCAAGAAUUUGCUGUAGAAAACGUCCCCGUUUCAACUCUUGGGAACAAAAGGGAUCAUGUGACAAGUUUAAACAUAACAGGAUAGGCUUGUGAAAGUAUUGCUAGGAGCAAUAAAACCCUCCAAACAAC